UACUGUUUUCUCUGUUUCAAGCCAACAGACCAGUGAACAGAGAGCAACAAUGAAGAUCUGGCUUCUGCUGUUUCUGCUUCUGCCACACGUCCUAGGUGUUGCAGCAAUGACUAAAAUUGACUGCUAUGGGGAGGAUUUUUUCACGGUGAGGAACAUGGUCUUGCAUUGUAGAAGCAAAGUUAAACAGGCGUGUUACACCAGAUCAUCUGGAGAAAAGGGCUGCAUUCAGAAAGGGUUCUGUCAGAGAGCUGGCUGGACAUGCUGCUACACAGACCUCUGCAAUGCCUAGCUUUAACACCAGAGAGAGAGAGAGAGCGCUAGCUGGGCAUCAAGCGCUAAAUAAUAAUAAUAAUAAUAAUAAUAAUAAUAAUAAUAAUAAUGCAUUUCUGUACUUCAUUGACUCUUCUGCAUUUUGUCUGUACAAACAUGAUUGACAUGGCAUAAUAAAGGCGACAUCUAAAUAA